CCCGACCCCGCCGGCGGAGCCGCCCCGAGGCGGCCGGAGGGGUCCUGCGGACAGCGGCGGGCACGGGGCGGCGGCGGAGGCGCUUCCGGGCGGAGGGCGCGUAUAUAAGGGCGGCGGCGCGGCGGCCGGGCCCUCUUUCGCCGCCCCGGUAGCGAGAUGACGAAGAAGAGGAGGAACAACGGCCGGGCCAAGAAGGGCCGCGGGCACGUCCAGCCCAUCCGCUGCACCAACUGCGCCCGCUGCGUCCCCAAGGACAAGGCCAUCAAGAAGUUUGUCAUCAGGAACAUCGUGGAGGCCGCGGCCGUCAGGGACAUCUCGGAGGCCAGCGUCUUCGACUCCUACGUCCUGCCCAAGCUGUAUGUGAAGCUGCAUUACUGCGUCAGCUGCGCCAUCCACAGCAAGGUGGUGCGGAACCGCUCGCGGGAGGCCCGCAAGGACCGCACGCCCCCACCCCGCUUCAGGCCGGCUGGCGCAGCCCCCCGGCCCCCGCCCAAGCCCAUGUGAGGAGGCUCCGGUUGAACGCGUCCCCCAGCGCGGGCUGAAUAAAGGACCCUGCACCGAA